CGCUCGGGGACACGGCGGGACACGGCGGGAUACACCGGGACACGGCGGGGCCGAGAGGAGCCGAGCAGGCCCCACCGGGACUGAGCAGGAUCCACCGGGACUGAGCAGGAUCCACCGGGACACACCGGGACUGAGCAGGAUCCACCGGGACACACCGGGACUGAGCAGGAUCCCACGGGACACACCGGGACUGAGCAGGAUCCCACGGGACACACCGGAUCCACCGGGACUGACCGGGGCCGAGCGGCACCUCCAUGUGCGACGUGUCGGGUGACGGUGGCGGGUGCGGGGCGGACACGGAGCCGCCGCGGCGCCGCCGCGCACCGAGAGACAGCCACCCCCGAACCUGCAUGAAGUGCGGGCAGGGCACGGCCGCCCUCAUCAUCCGCGUCGGGGACCCCUUCUGCCGCGGCUGCUUCCGUGAGUACUUCGUGCACAAAUUCCGUGCAAUGCUGGGCAAGAACCGUGUCAUCUUCCCUGGAGAGAAGGUGCUGCUGGCGCUGUCGGGGGGCUCAGCCUCCAGUGCCAUGGUCCGGCAGGUGCAGGAGGGGCUCAGCCGGGAGGCGGCCAAGAGGCUCCGCUUCAUCCCCGGCCUUGUCUACGUUGAGGAGGGAGCUGUGCGCAGGCAGAGCCCAGAGCAGCGGGAGCAGACCCUGGCCCACAUGGAGACCUUGCUGCGGGCCACCGGCUUCCCCUACCACGUGAUCCACCUGGAGGAGGCACUGGAGCUGCCCCCAUCCAUCUUACAGCCAGGGCCAGAGCAGUCCAGCAAGUCCGGCCCAUGUGGCCCCUCCUACAAGGAGGCUGUGGACAGCUUUAUCCAGCAGAAGCGACAGGAGGGGGAGGGGGAGAGUGCCACCUCUCUGCCUGGCCAUAGCACCCAGGACAUGCCACUGGGACCCCUGUACACUCCCCACCUGCCUGACACUGCCCAAACCCAGGAGCUGCUUCGGAUCUUCGAGGCCGUGGAGACAGCAACAGCACGGGAGGAGCUGCUGCAGAUGCUGCGGACCCACCUCAUCCUGCAGAUGGCCCGGAGCAGGGGCUACUCCAAGGUGAUGACGGGUGAGACCUGCACCCGCGUGGCCAUCAAGCUCCUCACCAACCUGUCGCUGGGCCGUGGUGCCUUCCUUGCUGUCGACACGGGCUUCACGGACAAGCGUCACGGUGAUGUGAUGGUGGUGCGGCCCAUGCGGGACUACACGGCCAAGGAGAUCGCCUUCUACAACCACUUCUUCAACAUCCCCACUGUCAUUGUGCCACCCCUCUUCACCAAGCGCCGGGAGAAGCCCAGCAUCCACCACCUGAUCGAGCGCUUCCUCCUGGGGCUGCAGGAGGAUUUCCCCUCCACCAUCAGCACUGUUUACCGGACAGGGGAGAAGCUGAGCCCAGACCCAGCCAAGGCCAGCAGUGAGUCCCAGCGCUGCCUCCUCUGCCUCUGUGGCCUGGACAUUGAGGGAGGGCUGAGAGCAAAGCUGCCUAUAUUCCACUACUGUGCUACAGUUGCCGCCUCACCUUCAAGGAGCUGGGCCCCCUCACCACACUGCCACCAUACAUGCGUGCUGAGGCCCAGCGCAGGAUCCACAGUGCAGAGAUGGAGCGGCAGACACAGGAGAACCAGGAGCGCAGCAAGAGCUGAAGGGGUUGGGGACGGGGGGAACACAGACCCCCGUCCCUCAGUGGCACUACUGGGGCAGGUGCCAGCCCCACCAGAGCUUGGUGGGGACCCCUGGCACCCAUUUCUGCUCCAGCCAAGGGCAGGGAGAGCCCCCCCCAUUUAUUGGGGGCCAGGAGUGCUGGUAACCCCAGGGUAGCAUGUCCCUGGUCCCCCACCCUCCCUGCCCCAGCUACCUGUCAGCCAGGGAGACCUCAAGUUUGUUUUAUUCAAUAUCUAUAUAA